ACCUUUUUGGCCCCCUGUUUGCACCUUCUCUUGCUUGCUUAUUUCAACUAUCCAAUGCCUCCUUUCUCAAGAACUCAUAAGGUGCUGCCCUUGUUUAAUAAAUCUUAGCUUGUGAACAUUGAUCCAAAUCAAGAAUGAAACACCGGCAAUCCAAGCACAGAAGCCAACCUGCAGUAAUGGGUGCUAGAAGUUGGCACCUUGCGUUGUUCUCCAUGUGUCUUUUCUUUGGUUCAGGUCUAGGUGCAGCCAAAAUAUUAAGAAAUGACGAAAACCAGGAAAUCUUCUCAUCAUCGGAAUUGGGUACUCAGUUGGAUGACGUUCCUGUCGUCAACCCCACAAAUCCAGGCACAGGAAAUCCGUAUCCUACGGGAAACCCUACAACUCCUCAAGCACCUGACACAGCAGGGCAAAACCCCACAACCCCAAACACAAACCCAACAACACCAACCCCAAACCCAACAACACCAACCCCGACCACUCCUUCAUCAUCAGGUGGUCAAUGGUGUGUUGCUAGCCAAGGAGCUUCAGACACUGCUCUACAGGUUGCUCUUGACUAUGCUUGUGGGUAUGGAGGUGCAGACUGCUCAGCAAUACAAGCAGGAGCAAGCUGUUAUGACCCAAACACACUCCGUGACCAUGCUUCCUAUGCAUUCAAUGACUACUACCAGAAGAACCCAGCACCUACCAGCUGUGUAUUCGGAGGAACAGCAACACUUACGAGCAAUGAUCCAAGUAAUGGGAACUGCCAUUAUGCAUCACCCAAGUCAACAAGCACUAGUCCGCCAACAUAUGUCAGCCCACCGAGUCCACCAACUCCAAUAAUGAACCCCCCAACUGAACCAGGCAUGACGAUGCCCGGGGGACCAACCGGCUAUGGUUCGGAACCAACAGGAAGCCCCAACACUGCGACAUCUACUUUUUGUUCCUUGAUGUUGUUGUUAACAUGCGGCCUCUUGGCUUCACUUCAACAUCUAAAUUGCAUCUAGACGAGAAAAAAGGUCCAGUCAUUCUUUAUGUGAUACGCUGGAAUUCACUCAGUCUUCUGGCAGUUUUUGCAAAAUUUCAAGGAGUCUAGGUCAACAAGUCUUGCAAUUAAAAUUACUUUUACCUUUCAUCUAUGUAUGGCUAUUAGUUGAUCAUAAAGCCUAAAAAAGUAAUCCAAAAGGAUUUAUAGGUAGUAGACAGUUUUUCUGCAGCUUUAGCUUCUUACAUAGAAAAUCUUUGUAAUUAAUAUCAGCUAGCAUGCCAUUUUAUAUACUAAACAGAAUAAAUUACAUUAAAGAACUUUAAAAAUCAUCGUGUUUGGUCUAAAAUAAGUUGUUGAGA